AUGGCUCCUUACAAAUACACCCAGCUGGAAAGGGGAAAUGACGAGAUCAGAUUAUUGAGUCUAAUGCCAGGCGCACAAGACGACAGCAUCUCCAUGCACAUUUUCCACGUACCCCUAGCCAUUCCACCGAGAGAGACUAGUGAAAUCAAGAGACUUUCACUUGAAGAACUGCAAAAAACUCUUCCGGACGAUAUGUAUGCUAUGAAAACAAUCGAUGGACGAUAUAUCUUCAAACACCGCAAUGGAAAUCUAAAUUCGUGGGACCAUCCAGAUCCAAAUCUUGAUCGUGCUCUUCAUGAUUUGCCGAAACAUGGAAUUUUUCCGGAAAACAAACCUAAAUAUGAAGCUCUUUCAUAUGUCUGGGGGUCUGCCGAAAAUCCAAUCACAGCACAUGUGUUGGGCGAAACUCUGGCAACGAUACAAAUUGGGGCUUCUCUUGCUGUUGCACUUAGACAAUUAAGAUACACGGAUAAGCCGCGAAUAUUGUGGAUAGACUCUAUCUGUAUCAAUCAAAGUGACGUGUCCGAGCGAAGCCACGAAAUAGGACGCAUGAGAAACAUCUUCUCCUUCGCGGAUCGAACUAUCAUCUGGCUUGGCGAAGAAGCUGACGAUAGUACAAGUGCUUUAUCUACUACUGAGCAUUUCGCCAAACAGGUCGAGUACAUAGGAGGAGGAUUAGUUGCAUGCGCCCCUGGAACCAAGUUGAUGGAAUGGAGACACUCGAACUUUCAUCUGCCAUAUGACACCAAAACAUGGUCAUCCAUAAGAGCUCUCUUCCGGAGGCCUUGGUUCAGUCGAGUCUGGGUCUUACAAGAAGUCUUACUUGGCGAUCAGAGAUCAUCAGUACAGUGCGGUAAUACCUCUAUUCCUUUCACUGCUCUUCGAAAAGCAAUGUUGGUGCUUGGGAGAAAGGUCACGACACCAAGCGACAUACGCUCCCAAUUAUUGUCGUACGCUCCUGGAGUUCUGCCUGACUCUAUGAGAGAGUUACCCGAGCUUCUGAGAUGGGCUAAGCAUCGCAACUGCAGCGAUCCCCGUGAUAAAAUAUAUGGGGUACUGGGCUUAGUGUCGCCUUUGAUAGCCGAAGGAAUUACGUGCGACUAUUCUAUUCCUGUGGCAGAAGUGUAUAAGAGUGCGGUGCUCAGUCAUGUCACUGUCACAAAGCGUCUGUACUUGUUGCAACACUCGCCGAUGACCUUGGAAGUCACCGGCGUUUGUUGCACAAGAAUUACUUCAGUUAAAACAAAAUCUUCAGGAAAUGCAAGGGAAACUUUCCAAGCUAUUCGUGGCUGGGAGCCCGAGGGUCUCAGCUCUAGAGACUAUAUCGCGGGCGGUUCUUUGAUUGAUGCAUUCCUCCAAACUAUUUAUCAAGGGCGUACUAAGGAAAGAUAUCCCGGCCUUCGUAUUCCACAUUCCUGGGAGCUCCGCCGAAGCUAUUUAGAAGCUGUUGAUAAAGAUAAUAAAGAUGAAGAUGCGAUACUAAAUUAUUUUUACGGAUUGAAUUAUGGUCCCACGGCAUUCAUAACAACAGAAGAGGGUUAUAUGGGAAUAGGACCACUUGGAGUUGAGGAAGGUGACUAUGUAUGUGUACUAUUAGGAACUGAACUUCCAAUAGUUCUACGCCCAACACCAGCUGGAGAGUUUCUAGUUGUAGGAUCCUACUUCAUUCAUGGUUUAAUGGACGGAGAAGCUCUGCUUGGUCCUCUCCCAACUCCAUGGAAAACAGAACUAUACCGAAGGAAAGAUUCAGGGUACUCAACUCACUUUGUCAAACCGAACGAAAAAACACUCGAUGACCCACGUGUCUCCCCUCUACCCUCUGAAUGGAUAGAAGUUAAUAGAGAUGACGGUCCAUGGCCUAUCAGCAAAUCCUAUUUCAAACAUCUUGUGACAGGCGAGACGAUGGAUUCUGAUCCUAGGAUGCUUCCACAAGCAUUGAUAGAAAGAGGUGUGAAACUGCGGAAAUUCAGGCUCGUGUAG